UUGAUCUCAACAGUUUACAUAUAUUAUUUAAGAUCUUUCCUUCCUCUAAACCCGCUAGUGUCUACUUUUACCUAUUAACGUCAACAUGAAGCUACCGUUCGUCAUUCUUCUUCUUUCCACCUGUGUCUUGGCUGCAUUAUCUCCCGAACAAAUUGCUAAACUCGAGCCAAUCAGCAAGGAAUGUAGAACCGAAUCUGGCAUGACUGCAGAAGAAAUAACUAAAUUCCGCAAUACUCCACAAUUUGAAGAUUCUCCUAAACUUAGAAAACACGCUCUUUGCCUGUAUAAAAAGACUGGAUUGAUUUCGGAGUCAGGGGACAUGGAGAGCGAAGUUGUUAAAAGUAGAUUACAGGCGGCUGGAGCCAGUGCCGAGACAAUCGCCAAAAUUUUGAACUGUGCGAAAAAGGAUACACCGGAAGAAACAGCGUUUGAACUUGCUAAGUGCAUUUUCAAAGAUGUACCAAAUUUUUCUCCUGUUGAGUAAAUUGUGCCAUCCGUAAUGGUAAUAAAAUCAUUGUUAUUUUUCUACUGUAUGAAAGAAAUAACAAUAAAACGUGGUGUAUG